UGUAAGCAGUCCCUUUUUUCAAGUGGAUAUUGAUGUAGUUUUAAGAUCCUUGGGUGACGUGUUAUAACUAAGCUGUUUUUUCUUGUUCUUCCUCAGUGACUUUGUGAACCUGUGAAAUGGCAGUGAUGGAAAUUGCUUGCCAAGGAGCUCCUGACCCAACUGUCAGGCAACAGAAGGAGCUCGCAGCCACUAAAGGGCUAAAUGAAACAGCAGGAGAGAAGCAGAGCAGUGUUUGCAAAGUAGAAGAGCCAAGCAAAGGUGCCUUUCCCACCCAGUGGAAGAUCCUGAAUGAUGUGAUCACCAAGGGAACAGCAAAAGAAGAGACAGAAGGAAGCUCUGCAUCCAUUUCUAUCAUUGCCCAAGCAGAAUGUGAGAACAGUCAAGAGUUCAGCCCAACAUUCUCAGAGAGACCUUUCAUUGCUGAUAGCAAACGUUACAGCCGGUCAGACAGUCUUGAUCAAAUUCCUAACAAUGUGGCUCAUGCAACUGAGGGGAAAAUGGCACCUGCCUGUUGGAGGGCAAGGCAUCGUGGCAAAGCUAGGAAGAAACGGCACAAAAAGAAGUCCAGGCUCAGAAUACAGACAAUGGCCUCUACUAAGCAAGGACCCAGAACACCAGAACAAGAAAGCUGUAUGCCGAUUCCGGUCCAGGAAGAUGAAACCCACCAAAACACUUUCUUCAGUAAUGGCUCCUGGUUUUCAGAACUGUGCAAAGAUUCAGUCUGCAAUCAGUUCCCAUUUGAGAAAUCUGGAAAAGUGCUACCCACAGGCAAACUCCCUUCGCUAAGGAACCAACAUGCACCACAUUUGCACAAGUUGAUAAGCCCAAUUCAGUACCUUAAUCAUGUUUGGAAACCACCCUGUCAGAGGAAUCAUUUGCCUCAGCCAGAGACACUCCAUCCCUUCCCCUAUAAUAUAUUACAGCCUCGCUUCCCAGCUCUGGACAGUUCUCUCCAUGCCAUGAAACUGAAUGCUCUGGAGACAUACCUCCAGGGUGAUUUGGCCUAUGUGGAUGGUGGGCAUCAUUUACCUGGCUUACGAUCAGAAUGCAGCUUCCCAAACUGUGUCAGCCAGUCCAUGAAAACAAGCACGGACAAACUUUCUGUGGAAGAAUACUUGGUGGAUGCCUUAAAAGGGAGUGUGAGUCUCGGUGAGCCGCGAAACUUAGCCAGCCUAGCCAAGACGUGGAGAGGAGGCAGUCUGGAUUCAAAGGAGCAGUUUCAAGAGGCAAAUGAAAAUGAAGGGGUCCUGCUUAAUGAGAAACUAAAGCCAGUGGAUUACGAGUACCGAGAAGAUGUUCACUGGACCAAGUGCCAUGGCUCCCUGGGUGUUGGCUCUUUCGGGGAAGUGUACAAAAUACAGGACAAACAAACGGGAUUUCAGUGUGCUGCCAAAAAGGUGCAAGUCGAACACUUUCGUGCAGAGGAGUUAACGACAUGUGCUGGGGUGAUGAGUCCCAAAGUUGUCCCUUUGUAUGGAGCGGUCAGGGAAGGUCCUUGGGUUACAAUAUUCAUGGAGCUAAUGGAAGGUGGCUCACUUGGGCAGCUAAUUAAGCAGACGGGUUAUUUGCCGGAGGACAGAGCCCUCAGUUACCUGGAGCAAACACUAGAGGGGCUGAAGCAUCUUCAUGCUUGCAACGUUCUGCAUGGAGAUGUAAAAGCGGACAAUGUACUCUUAUCCAGUGAUGGAAGCAGGGCUCUCCUCUGUGACUUUGGUCAUUCUGCUCACCUUCAUCCGGAUGGCUUGGGGAAACGCUUGGUGACAGGGGACUAUGUGCCUGGCACAGAGACGCACAUGGCUCCAGAAGUAGUAAUGGGCAAGCGCUGUGACUCAAAGGUGGAUGUUUGGAGCAGCUGCUGUAUGAUGCUACAUAUGCUCAAUGGCUGUCAUCCUUGGACCCAGUAUUAUAAUCAUCCUCUGUGCCUGAAGAUAGCAAAGGAACCACCUCCUCUGAGGGAAAUCCCACCUACCUGUAGUCCUCUCACUGCUGAGGUCAUUAAAGAGGGGCUGGAGAAGGAACCAGUUAAAAGAGCUUCUGCAGCUGAAUUGAAGGCUAAAGCUGAUACUGCACUUGAGCAGUUGGGAGGUGUGACAAGUCCCUGGAGGGGGGAGUACAGAGAACCUAGAUGCUUUUCUCUGAACCAAGAAAACAAUCCACAAACUUCCCUGUCCCCAACAAUUAACGCAGUUUCUGAGACUGCUUCUGGCCCAGACUUGGCAGUCAGUGCUCCCUGUGUAAGCCGAAGCCUGCAGCCACCAUCUCUGGAACUGUCAGAAGAGACUGCGAGAGCCUCUUGGAAUCUGUGUAAGGGGUUCCCUGGGGUCUGUGAUCCCACUCCUGUCCUCACCAAAAGCAGCAGCUAUGCAGAACGAGCAAUGACUGUUUCAGAACAGGAGCUUCAACAGUUAGAAAUAGAAUUAUUUUUGAACAGCCUGUCACAGCCGUACUCUCUGGAGGAGCAGGAGCAAAUGCUUUCGUGUCUCAGUAUUGACAGUCCCCUUGUGUCUGAUGCCAGUGAGAAGAACUCCCUGAAGGCCUCUCAGAGCCUGAAGGACACCAUGAGCUCUGGAAUUCACUCCUGGAAUAGCCAGUCAGAUGGACAGAGCUUCAGUUGGAAUAACCUGCUGUAUCGCAGUCGACACACAGACACUCCCAGCUAUUUCAAUGGAGUGAAAAUCCAGAUCCAGCUGCUAAGUGGAGAAAACCUACAUAUCCGAGACUUCCACAGGACAAAAGUUGGAGACAUUGCCACAGGGAUAAGCGGCCAGAUCCCAGCCUCUGCUUUCAGCCUUGUUACAAAGGAGGGACAGCCUGUUCACUAUGAUAUGGAGGUCCCAGAUUCUGGUAUUGAGCUACAAUGCACCCUCGCCCCUGACUGCAGCUUCAGUUGGACCUGGAGAGUCAAGCAUGGUCAGCUGGAGAACAGGCCAUAAGGCUUCUGGCUUUGGAAUUUGUUACCUCAAAGUAUGGAACAGCAGAAACCCACAACUGCCUCUGUUAAUUCACCAAGUGUCAAGAUUUGUGUUUUCUACUGAAAUAGGAUGGGAGUGUUGUUGCUUGUUGUUGUAGUGCCUUGGCUUCUUGCUAUCUGUCCACAUCCUGUCUCUAGGCACAUGCUGUACUUAUAGUGUGAUCUCCAGAGCCAGGGAAUCACUUUUUCUUUAAGUAUGUUUAUAAUUGAGAUUGGGAACACAGAAGUUCCUGACUGUGAUUUUCAGAGGAAUAGGAUUGUGUUUUCCAGGAAAACGCCAGUGGUUCAGGAACUUCCUAGAGGAAGAAAGCUGUGGUCACGUAUGUGGUGAUUAAAGGUGCUAUCCAGUGAUGGAUAACCUCUUUGCUGCCUGAGGCCUAGAGCAGGGGGAAUCUUGGAAGCUGUAGCUGGCUGGGCUGGUGCAAAAGUAGAAUUGUCAAACCCUUUGCAGCAGAUUCUUUCAAGGCUGUUUUGACAUGAGUAAAAUGGUUUGUGUCCCUUCCCAAAAGAGCUUUCCUCUUCUGAUCUCAAUAACUUCUGCUUCGUUGCCUCUGAUUCACAUGGUAACAUCUAGCAUUAUCUUGCCCUUUCAUUAUUAUAAGCAGCAGAUGUUAGGACAGUGCAUAAGGGUCUAGAGCAGUGGUGCUCAAGCUUUUGGCCCCAUGGGCCAACUCAGUGGUGCAAGGCUGGAUUAGGCCUUGUGCUGUCUCCACUUGUCCCCAUGUGCCCAGAUUAGGCCUCGUGCAUUGGUUGGCCUUUGUGCACUGGGAUCAAGAUCUUAUGGGCUGUGCCACCCCCACCCAGCCACAUGUAUGGGAAUCAGGCCCUGGGGCCUGGUGCUGCCCCUGCACAGUCCUGUGAUCAGAUGCCCAAUCUAGCAUGCAGGGCCCAGGGCUUUCCAUGGGACUGGAAAUUUAGCAUCAGGAGAACAAUGCCAACUGCUCUGAUGCUGCCAAAUUUUCAGACUUGGGGGGAGCCCCAUGAGCUGGAUGGCAUGGCGCUGGGGGUAGAGUACUUCUAGUUUAGUACAUUAAGUUGAAACCAGGGUGUCUUGAGAUCCUUUUAAGUGUUGCCAUGGGGUGCUGCACAGUAUUAACACUUGAACGGGCAGAUACCUACACAUGAUUCACAAGAUAAACCCAGAAAUGUCAAAUAGGAAU